AUCCCUUCUCUCUCUCCCCCUCCUCCCUGUCUCCCUCUCUCGCCCCCAGAAAACCCUAAAGCUUGCGCCUUUCCCCUCUCCCCACCCCCAAAAUUCCGGCCGCAGCCGCCGCCGCGUCGACCGGGAGCCGCCUCGUCCGCCCCGUCCUCGCCGCGAUCUGGUCGCCGGCGGUCGCGACGCCUUCUGCCGUGCAACAUCGGGGAUGUGUGAGGUGCUUCGUUUUGUUCCAACAUCACAGGACUGACGUGACAAAGUUGUAGCAAUGGAAACUGCUGCUCAGACUCAUGGAACUGAAGCAAUGGAGGAACCAAGGCUUCUAUCUACAGUGGCUGAACCUGAUGGCAGACCAGCAGAGCUCGAGUGUGACCAUUUCUCCAUGAGGGGGUAUGUUGCUCUGCAUCAGAAGAAGGAUCCAAAACUGUGCUCUCUACGGAUAUUCUGUAACCAACAACAAUAUGAUGAACACAAUAACAACUCGUCCCCACUUUUGGUGGCAAAGUAUCAACGAUGGAAUUGCUCAAAUUGCUUGGACAGAGUGAAAAAUUCAGGUCACAGAACUACAUCUGAAACUGUUCCUAUGCAGCAGGAUGGAACUAAUGAUGAUUGUUCCAUUUCAAUUAUUCGGACUUUGCCUUAUAGUGUUGGUUCCAGAAGACUGUUUUCUUGCACAAGACAAUCAUCUCAAGGGAAUGAUGCUGAUCAAUCAAAUGUUUCAAAGAGUGUCCAGGAAUGCAACUCGAAAUGCAGUUCUCCUUCUGACAACAAAGCAGUUACUGCAGUGAAUGUUCCAGCCACAUCCGCUGAAAAUAAUGUUCCAGACACAUUCGUCGAAAAAAGUAUUCCAGACACAAAAGAUUUGCAGGGCUCCCCCAAUAAUCUUGUUGUACAGGAAGAUAUCUUGAAUGAUGUCUCUAUGGAUAUUACUGAUUUGCCUGAUGAUCCUCAGAUGAUAUCAAGCAAAGAAGGAAAUGGCACACAGAUUCCAUGCAGUCCGAAACCGUGUGAAGUGCCAACUGAAGAUGAAAACAGAACAGUUCAAGAUGUUCCGGAUGUUGACUGCAAUGAGUCCAGUGUUCAUGAACCAGUAUCUGGUCACAAAGGUUCUAAGAGCAGCUCUGGGCAGAAAAGCAACCAAGUCCGCAACCAGGGUCCACGAAGAGCAGCUCCUAAAAGAAAUGUUGGAUCUGAUGGUAAGAAGAAAAAGAGCAAAUCCACUGACUUGGCUGAUAUUUCAGAUCUCAAAUUUUCUCAGAGAAAGCCAAAAAAGACAAGGCUAAUAUCUGAAAUCAUAAACACAAAGACAGAGAGUUCUGCAGAUGACACUGAAGCUGACCAUGCAAAAACUGGUGAUAUCUGUGAGAGUGAUAAAAGCAAAAUGCCACUUGAGGCUGGAAAGGAUAAUGACACUCCUGUUAGCAAUCAGAAAGUGUGUGAAAUCCAAUCAACAGCGGUCAAAAACAAGGCAGAACUCAGAGGAUUAGAAAAUGUUGAUGAUGGAUCUUCUCUUAUGAACUGGCUGAAAAAAACUCAUAAGAAAGUUAGAACAGAGAAAAGGGACUCAGCACACAAGAAUUUUGGUUCUUCUGCUGUUUCCAACUCUAAUCCAGAUAUGCCUGCUUCCAGUGACAUGUGCCAUGAUUCUAUACCGUCAGUUGGGGACCUGGGUCAGGAAAAUGUGCUAUCUACUACCAGUGCCAAGCAUAGGAAUGAAAACACACAGAAUAAGAACAUGGAGCAAAAUAUGCAGAAGGCAGAUGACCUGUGCCGAAAUGAAUCAGAGAAAUUGAAACGGAGGUUUUUGUCAAACGGGAAAUCACCGAUUUUGCUAAAGAGGAAAGUACUUUCACCUGCCAUUUCCUGUGACAAGAACACUGAGAACAGUACUAUAAAGAGAAGCAUGCUCAGGACAGAUGAUUUGUGUCAAGUGGAAUCUGAAGGCACUGUGCAGAGAUGUCUUGCAAAGGUUUCUCUGGGUAAGGGUAAGAUCCAGAAUGUGUCUGGUCUUCACAAGCAGAAUAUACCCAAGAAUAAGAAGAAACGCAGGCUGGAGGUGCAUGAGAAACAAACUGUGAUAGAUGACAUCCCCAUGGACAUUGUUGAACUUCUUGCCAGAAAUCAGCAUGAGAGACAGCUCAUGACUGAUACUGAUUCUACUCUACCCAAGAUAGCUGCAGUUGAUUGUGCUGAAAUUGCUGACAAGUAUGGUCCCACUGAUGCAUCAACGGUGCUUGACACUAAUUUCCAGAAGUCUUUGGCAUCAGAAAGUAAGCAGAAAUCUUUACAGGGUCGUGCAUCAUCCAGCACAGAGGCUGCCAAUGUGCUUCUGCAGGAUUUACAUAGGCAGAAGUCAUCACAGUGUCAUGCAGCAUCCAGCACGGAGAUUCCCAACAGUCACCGUCCGGAAUUGCAUAUGCAGAAUUCGUUACAGGUUCAUGCAUUGCCCAUCACAGGGUCUUUCAAUGUGUACCCUCCAGAGCUACGUAUGCCUGACAUUUUGGAGUGUACCCAGGAACAACAGACAGAUAUCUGCAGGGAUGAAGAAGUCACCAUUGCGUGUACCUCACCAAUAUUUUCACAUCAUCAACAUAUUGCUGAAGUACCCACUCAGAGCUGGAGCAAGAAGGGGGAAAAGAAGUUAAUGUGGGAUUCUUUCAAGACAGCUUCAAGGAAUUCACCGACAUCAACAUAUGGUUUUCAAUUCAGAAAUAGAAUUCGAGAAGUUGAUUCAACUCCAAUUCCUGCUUAUGGAGCUUCUAAUGACUAUGCAACUCAUCAGCCAGUAAUUGCAGCUGUAGACCAGUACACAAAGGAAGCAGUUAACCAGGUCCAGCCGAGAAGUGCUCCAAGCACAUCAUUAACCAUGGAGGUUGGUAGGCCGUAUGAUCACAGAAUUGCUGGACACUCGGGCCUUUACCCAAAGGAGCCUAUGCCUGCAACACAUCUCCUGAGACUGAUGGAUUCAUCAACCUCACAAGGCUUCACAAACUAUCAAAGAGCUAACAGGCGCCAGAUAGAACUCAGAACACAAAAUCUCAGUUCACAGUAUGCGCAGCAUAAUCACUACAAUGCAUCACCCAGCACAUCACAUGGAAGUCACCUAACUGAAAAGGUUCCGCUGACGCUGCAAGACUUGGCACGGCAUCAGGUGGAGAAAAAUUUGCACAGACCCUUGCGUCCUCACCCUCGAGUUGGCGUGCUUGGUUCGUUGCUGCAGCAGGACAUUGCAAACUGGUCUGAGAGCUGUGGAACACAGUCUGGGCACAGACUAGGUGUGUCUAAAGGGACAACAUCAUUUGAUAUGAACAGAACAGGAAACUAUGAGACCUUGAGCUCAGGAAUGUUCUCAGCGGGAUGGAAUGCCCUGCAAUUGGGUUCUGGUACCUCUGCUGCUAAUCCAGAACAUCCAUUGCCAAGGUAUGGUGUAUCUCAACCUUGGGCUGGUGGCACUGGGAAGACACCGCUGGAUAAGCUCGUGAGGAAGGAUAUCUGUCAGACUAACAGGAACCCAGCUGAUUUUACUGUGAUUAGCGACAAGAAUGAGUAUAUGAUAAACCUUUGAGGCUAGAUAGAGGAGUGUGGAUAGCUCAAGAACAUUUAGUUUCAUACAUUUGACCAUGUCAGUGUCAAGCAAAUCAUCAUUGGUAGAGGAAGGCUUCGCCGAAUCUUUUGCAAGAUAUGGAUGCGCUGCUUACUGGAUGGAGAGCCAACAGUCACCAUUGUCAGGUGAUGGCUCCAGUGUAUGUUUGUGAAGGUAGUAGGCGAAGAGCUGAUAUAUCGGGUCGCUGUGGGAAACCCCAAUAAACUUGUUUUGUUCUGUACAAGAGGAACAUGAAAGGUUGUGGCCAUAGAAUGUUUGUGCCUGUUCUGUAAGUAACAUAGUGGGGUUGUACUUGUACACCGUUAAAUUGUUGCUGUGGUUGUGCGAUGUUUAAGGUGGGUGAACUGGUUGUGGCUGUGACUUAGUGUUGUAAAGCAUCAAAUUGCUGUGGUAAAAGCCUUAUAACGGAGGAAUGGCCGAACAUUGGAUAUGUUGAUGUUCUACA